UGGACUCCUGGGCCUGGCAGUGCAACUAACCCCGGCGGUUGCUUCAGCGCUGUGCCAGCAGCGCGGGGCGCAGCUAAAGGCCUUGUGUCGCAGCUGUCCGAGCAGAUUGAGAGCUUCCUUAGCAGGGCACAAGCCUCCGCUUCUUCUGCUUUCAGGAUUGCCAGAGGCGUUGCAUGCUGCCCUCCCAAAGGUGAGAGACCUGCUGCAGAUCAAGCCGCCAGGCUGGAAUGCAGAGGCCAGAGAUCCUCUGGUUCCUGGAGAAGUGCCGGCGGUGUCGAUGGUGCCGAUGGGCGACUACAGCUUGUGGGUUUGGCUGAAAAGCCUGGAUGGAGGAGUCGGGGAGAUGCUGAUCUACUGCGAACGGUUGAACGAGCUGUUUCAGGACAUUAGCCAGCUAUCGGCUGUGCAGUCUGGGCCCUUCGGUGAGGUGCCAGACCCUCGCUUCCUGCAG